GAACCACCGGUUCGGUCCAUCUCUAACCGAACCCUACCGCCUCCAGAACCGCAGGCGUCCCGGUUCCGUGGCUCCCGCUGCCUCCCAGCCGGCUGGAAGCUCCAUGGAGGCUAGAAGGAAGCUGAUCUGAAGAAGAGCUUCAGCUGAGGAACCAAAGAGGAGCUGGAGAUCAUAAUCCAGGACAAGCAUGAAGGAGAACCAGGAAGUAAAGAUUGAGGUGAAGGAGGAGAUCAGAGAGAUGGAGAUUGAGGAGGAGAACCACGAGAUGAAGAUUAAGGAAGACAACUAUGAGAUUAAGGUUGAGGAAGAGGAGGAGAACCACGAGAUGAAGAUUGAGGAAGAGGAGAACAUGCAACACAUGAAGACUGAGGAGGACGAUAGUAGGAUGAAGAUUGAGGGGAAAACAGAGAACAUAAAGGUUGAGGACCAGGAUCCAGACCUCCACACCCUGAAGACCUCAAACCGGAUUGAACCGGACUACUCUAAUCCACAGGUCAGUGAUCAGGUGUUUCUUUUCUACAGGGAAAUAAAACUUUACUGGGAACCAACAAGAAGAAAGAAACAGAAUAAAGUUGGAUUUAUGUUUCUGCUGCGAUUCUGUUUAGAAGAAAGAAAGAAAACCUGCAGAUUUAGUUUGAUGAAAACCAGGAAACAUCUGAUCCUCUGACUGAUCGACGUUCAGACUGAGGUCACUGCAAAGGUUUUAAUCCAG